CUAAUUCCUCUUCAUUUUCCUGCCCUGUAAUUUUUCCCAAUUGAAGAUGAAUGCCUGUUUUUGACAUGGAAUGAGAGCUACAAAGAGACAACUUCUUGUAAUAAUCUUUGCAGCUCUCUUCCCUCCCUCCACUUGUCGCAGCAUCCCAUCCGAAACUCCCCCGCCGUCGCUGGAGAACGCCCAUCUUCCGCAUUGAAGAGCGCCUGCUUGUCUCGUGAAGAAUUGCGUCAAACGUUGAGACUUGGCAAUUCUUGCUUGAAUUUGCAGAAUCUGCAGUUGUCUUAAGGAAGUUAGUUUUGCCGAGGCCCAAAAUCAAACAAUAAAGUCAUUGGAAAGUAAAGGUAGAAAGCCAAAUCAAGAAGGAGAUGGAGGGGUUAGUUUCUUUUCGAGCAACGGCUGGGGUUCCAUUUUAUGGUGUACCUUCCCUCAUGCACAGGCCCGCGAAGUCAUCAAUCUGUAGAUUACUUCCAAUUGCUGCAAUGGACCUUCAUGCCAAGGAAAGAAAGCUCUCCGUCAGCUGUAUUCGAGCUCAACAGUCAGAGACCAGUGAUAUAUCUGCUACAGUUGUAUCUGCUAAUGAAUCACAAGAAAAUUCUCUUAAUGCCAAGGACUGGGAACUAGGGAUGUACCAAGAUGAAGUAGCUGCUAGCCAAGGGAUCAGGAUUAGAAGAAGGCCACCAACUGGACCUCCCUUGCACUAUGUUGGGCCUUUUGAGUUUCGAUUGCAAAAUGAAGGCAACACUCCUCGAAAUAUUCUGGAGGAGAUCGUAUGGCAUAAGGAAAAGGAAGUCUUCCGGUUGAAGGAAAAGCAAGAUCUGGUGGUGCUUAGGAAAGCCCUUCAAAAUGCUUCUGAGACUAGAGAUUUUGUUGGAGCUCUUAAAGCUGCUCAUGAGCGAACAGGACUUCCAGGUUUGAUUGCUGAAGUUAAAAAAGCUUCUCCAAGUAGAGGAAUACUGAGGGAAGAUUUUGAUCCUGUUGAAAUCGCUCAAGCUUAUGAAAAAGGAGGGGCAGCAUGUCUAAGUGUUUUGACUGAUGAGAAAUAUUUUAAGGGGAGCUUUGAUAAUUUAGAAGCAAUAAGGAGAGCAGGAGUAAAGUGCCCUCUCCUGUGCAAAGAGUUUAUAGUAGAUGCAUGGCAGAUUUACUAUGCUCGAGUAAAAGGUGCAGACGCCAUUCUUUUGAUUGCAGCUGUGCUGCCUGACCUUGACAUCAGAUACAUGAUUAAGAUUUGUAAGAUGCUUGGCUUGGCUGCUCUUGUUGAGGUGCAUGAUGAGCGGGAAAUGGAUCGCGUCCUUGGAAUAGAGGGAGUCGAGCUUAUUGGCAUCAACAACCGCAAUCUGGAAACAUUUGAGGUGGAUAUUAGCAACACAAAGAAGCUUCUUCUUGGAGAACGUGGCCAGUUAAUCCGUCAGAAGGAUAUAAUUGUUGUUGGGGAAUCUGGACUGUUUACUCCUGAUGACAUUGCCUAUGUACAAGAAGCCGGUGUGAAGGCAGUACUAGUUGGGGAGUCGAUUGUGAAGCAAAGUGAUCCUGGGAAAGGAAUUGCAGGACUUUUUGGGAAGGACAUCUCCUUGUGAGCUCAGAGCAAGUUAAAAUAGAGCUAACAUGCCGUGGAUGCGCUAAGGCGAACUUAUUUUAAUGUAUUUGAUGGUAGGAGAACUGGAGGAGAGCGUUGUAUUCAAAUAUCUGAUGGUAGGAUAUGACAUCUUAGGUCCAACUUCAUCGUAAUAAACACUGUGAUUGUUCACAUUUGAUAGACUGGGAACCUGUCCUGGGCAUUGCGUGCAAUUUUGCCGAUAUAUAUCUGCCAUUUGUCUAA